CAGAUGGGAGAAGUGCGGUACAACUUAAAAAUUAUUUAUGGUGGUUUGCUUCAAAUUACACCCAAUAUAAAGUAUAUGGGUGGUUUAAUUAAGGAAUAUAGGGAAUAUGAUGGUGACUUUAUCAGUUUUUUUGAAUUGAAUGGUUUAGCUAGUGAUCUUGAUCAAGCUACAAGGCGCGACAUUUAUUACUUACAGCCUAACUCAAAUCAUAUUCUAAAGAAGAUUAGCAAUGAUCAGGAUGUAGUUCAAAUGCUACAAGAACAUGGGCAAUUAAGAACUAUUGUCUUACAUGUUGAUAGCUAUUAUGAGCCGAUGAUAGUGAAUGACAAGUCUAAAAGCAAUAAGGUGCAGUCAACUCCUCAAACAGAUAAAUGGAAUGUAUCUAGCAAAGAUGUCGCUAAUAAAGGAGAUGUAAAUGAAGAAAUAUGUGAGGUGAGGCUUGAUCGGGGAGAUGUCCAUCGUAUAGAUACUGAAGUAGAUAAAGGCAAUGAUGUUGAGGGAAGUGAGAGUAAGAGUGAUGAUGAUGAUAACAUAAAAGAUGAUGAAGAAGACAGUGAUCCCAGUUUUUUCAACUAUGGUAUUGAAGGCUCAGAUGAUGAUAACACAUUUAAAUUUGAUUUGCAUCAAAGAGGACCUACAAGGUCCUCUAAAAGUGUUAUUAUAUAUAAAGGUGGGAAUUCUCUAGAAACUACAAUUGAAAGUGCUUUAUUGAUGAUUUUGGUAGUCCAGAGGAUCUAGGACUAGUGUUUAUCUCUGAUAGGCAAAAGGGCUUAGUUCAAGUGUUUGAAGAAAAAUUGCCUAAUGUGGAGCAUAGAUAUUGCAUGAGGCAUUUAUAUAACAACUUCAAAGAGUUGCAUAAAGGUAAAGAAUUAAAAGAUGCAAUGUGGCAGUGUGCAAAUGCCACAACAACUAGAGAGUUUGAAAGAAAAAUCUCACCAAAUGGAAGAACUAAAGAAGCUAGAUAAGGAUGCAUACGACUGGUUAAGAAAAAUCUCACCAAAUCAGUGGUCCAAGGCAUAUUUUUCUAGUAGGGCAAAAUCAGACAUUCUUGUAAAUAACCUCUCAGAGUCCUUUAAUAGUUGUAUUUUGGAAGCAAGAGAUAAACCUAUCGUAUCAAUGCUAGAAUGGAUUCGGGUGAGAUUGAUGAAAAAGUUCUAUAUAAAAAGGGAAGGAAUGGAGAAAUAUAGAGGGCCAAUAUGCCCAAACAUUCAAAAGAAGUUGGAGAAAUUGAAAGUAGAUGCACGACAUUGCUUCCCAAUUCCAUGUGGAAGGCUAAAGUAUGAGGUUGAUUGCUUGGAUGGUAAGCAUGCGGUGGAUUUGGUAGAAAGGCAAUGUAGUUGUAGGUUGUGGGAUCUAACAGGAAUCACGUGCAAACAUGCCAUUGCAGCAAUUUUCACCAACAAGGAAAGGCCUGAGGACUAUUUACAUCAGUGUUAUACCAAGGCAGUUUAUCUUAAGGUGUAUGAAGAGAUUAUCAAUCCAAUUCCUGGACAAAAUGAAUGGAUAAAGACUUCAAUGCCAGCUCCAGUGCCUUGGCGUAUAAGAAGGCCACCGGGGAGACCUAAGAAGCUUAGGAGAAGAGCUGCAGAUGAACCUUUAAACCCUUACAAAGUAUCAAGAAUGGACAAACCAAUAAAGUGUGGAAACUGCGGCAAAGAAGGCCACAAUUUGAGGACAUGUACAGCAUCAGUCACAGGGGAGACAUCAUGGCAGAGGAGGGUGAGAACCCAAAAGGAAAAACAGAGAGCAACAAACAAAUUCUCUCAGAUUGGUGAACAAUUUAGUGUCUCACAGCCUAUCACGACAAAUUGUGAUAAUUUUGAUGUAGAAACUCAUUCAAUCGGUGCCUCACAGCCUAUGUUCUCUACUGAGAGAGUAGCUAAUGCAACAGCAAAAGGUUUAGCACCAGUCAGAGGAAGAGGAAGAGCAAGAGGUGGACGAGGUUCCGCGGCUAAUGCUGCAGCCAAAAAAGCAAAUGAAGGGCCUUCUAAAGCUACAAACAUUCCAUAA